GGUGACUUGAGAGCUGCACGGUUGGCACGAUGUGGCUGCUCGUUGUAUUCUCGGCAUGCUUUCUGAGAAUUUCAUCAGCCUGCGAGUUGAAGCCAUCAUCCCCUCAAGAGACCGGGAUAGUCUGCAGAUUGACGAAGCCGGCCGCCUUGGUUUUGAAUGAGAAGACCACAGAAGUAAUCCAGGCUGCUUUCAGACAUGCAACAUUUCCUAACAUCACCGGAGAGAAGGCAGUCAGAUUUCUGGGGUCUGUCACCUAUGGCCUAACCAACAUCGAGGUCAGCGAUCUGUCUAUUGAGAGCAGUGGAGUGGAGCUGAAGAAGGAUGACGCAGUGGACAUCAUGAUCAGAAAUGUUAGCGCUUCUUUUAAAGGAGUUCUCAACUAUGGAUAUGGGACCUGGUUUGUAAAUGUUCGACAGUCUAUUGAUUUUGAAAUCUAUUCCUCAAUUGAUCUGCAACUGAACACCAAACUAACCUGUGGGAAGAAUCGUGUCGCUGCAGACAUAUCUGACUGUUACCUAUCAUUUCAUAAACUGGAUUUAUACCUUCAUGGAAACAAACAGCCUGGAUGGCUGAAACAGCUUUUUACUGACUUUAUUGCAUUCACACUAAAACUUGUCCUAAAAAGUCAGAUUUGUAAAGAAGUUAAUUAUGUGGCAAAUGUACUGGCUGAAUUCAUUCAGGACAGAGCUGAAGACUUUUUGAGUGUUGGAGAUAUUCGAAUGAACAUUGAUGUAACAUCCUUUCCAAUCAUAAAAGAUACAUAUAUGGAGUCUCAUCAUAAGGGUUUCUUGGAAUACAAGAACCUUAGUGUUUACUAUAACAGCUCCAUAUAUGCACCUUCCUUGCUAACAGAAGACAAGAUGCUCUACUUCUGGUUUUCAGAGCAGGUCCUGGACUAUUUAGUGCUGGGCUAUUACCUGGAUGAGCGACUGGUCCUGACACUGACAGGGGCUGAAUUAAAGGAUAUCUUUAAGGAUGACAACAUAGAAUCACAUCAGCAAAUCAUCAGUGAGAUCCUUCAUGACCUUCCAUUGAGUAACACUGUGGCCAAAGUAUGGAGUCUCACCAGACCUCAAAUCACAAUGAAGCCCAAGGGGACAAUUGUUAAGGCAUCUGUAGCUGUCCAAAUCAAUGUAUCUGCUACCAAAGAAUUAUAUUUUGAAACAGAGACUGUUACCACAAUUCAGACCUCAUAUGGCGAUAAGAAGCUUACACUGCUCCCAAAUGAUUCAAUAGUUCAAGUAACAGAUUUCAGGAGUUCCUUGGCGCAUAGUCAGAAUGAAGAAUCUGUGAAACUGUUUCUCCAGAAGACAGUGACUGACCUUGGAAUACCAUUUGUUGCAAAGCAUUUGGGACCAGUUUUGACAUCACUGAUGAACACCAAAGGGCUAAAUCUAUUUGAAAUUAUAAAUCCUGAAGUCAUACCACAUGAGGGUUACUUAAUAGUACAACUGGAUUUUGGAUUUCCUCAUCAUUUGCUUGUAGACUUCCUGAAGAAGUCCCUGUAGAAGAUGCAGUAGCAGUGAAUGUAUCCAUCAUCACAAUGACCUUUGAAUCAAUCUUUGAAGAAAAUACAUAAUGUGUGCUUUAA